AUGGAAUUAUUCAAUCUUCUAGUCUUAUUCAGUAUUUCUCAUGUUUUCGCUGAAAUACAAUCGAACUCUUCGAAGACGACGACUUUGUCAACAACGGUCAGUGAGAAAAAGUCAUUGUCGUGUAGCUAUUGUGAAACGAAGGCUUGCCGUUGUUCGAUAAUCGAUACUACUUUGAAUUGUUCGUCAUAUUUAUUAAAUUUAACGUUUGCUUCGAAUUGCGCUGAAGGCAAACUCUGGAAUUUCGUGGAUUUUUCGUCACGCAACUUCGAAUCAUUUGAUUCUACUCAACUUUUAUCCUUACACACGUACCGUCUAUCAUUGAAGUCCAAUCUACUCACUAAAAUCUACGAUGGAGCUUUUGAUACAAUCGCGGAUUCGCUCAUUGAUUUGGAUUUACAAAUGAAUCAGUUAUCAAGCAUCUCAUCCAACUGGUUAAACUCGAAAUUUACUCGACUACAGAUAUUAAAUUUGGCUCUGAAUCAACUGGAGACAUUCGAAGAUUUUGAUCGUGUUUAUUUACCUGCUUUACGAGAAUUGAAUUUAUCUGCGAACCAGAUUGAGUCCUUUCCUCAAUCAAUUCAUCAAUGGACGGCAUUAGUAAAACUCGACUUGUCUUUUAACAAAUUGUCCAGUGUGCCGAGAUUUGCGCUGGCUGGAUUGCAAAACUUGAAUUGGUUGUCAUUUGCAUCGAACAGAAAUUUAAGUUGUCUUGUUCAAGAUUCGUUUCGAUAUUUAAGAUCAUUGAAUUAUCUCGAUUUAUCGAGCACAAAUUUGUUUAUGGUUGACGGAUGUAUCUUUAACCAAUUGUCCACUUUGAAAUUACUGAAAAUCGAACGGGUUUUAAUGAACUGUUCGUCCUGUUGGUUACCUGUUGCGAAGAAGAAGUCAAUUAAAUUGAUCGGGCAAUGUUUGGAUAACAGUACUAUGAGAAACCUAAGCUCUCUGAUGGAUCAACAAUUGAAUUCUUCGUGUCUAAAAUCAUUUAUUGACUGCUCAGCAGACUCUUGUGAACCAGGAUCGUUUGAUAUUGAUUCAAAAUCGUUCUCAUUAUCGAGAGAUUCAUCAGCUCUGUCAAAAGACUCCAAUGCAUCGAAAAAUCGCACUAUUCAAAUCGUUCUUGGGGUUAUAUUCAGUAUCGUCGCUUUACUCAUCAUCAUACUCAUAGUCAUUCUCAUCUAUCGAUGGAGACAAGGAAAGAAACUAUUCUGUUGGCAGCCUUUUCUCAGGUCUUCACCAUCGGCACGAAUUCAGAAUCAACAUCAAAAACAAAUUAUCGACAAUAAUCCAACCAUUAUCGAAUCUAUUGUAACCCAUGGAGCAAAUAUGGAUGUUUCACCUGCAUCAUCACCCCAAAUGAAUUUGAAUGCGAAACGCAAACUAUACAAUCCAAUGUUUAAUAAUCCAUCGCCAAUUGAUGUACACUCUCCGCACUUGACAAACAUGGUUUCGAAUUUAGAUAAUAACCGUUUGUAUAAGAAAACAUCGAAUACAGAAUAG